AUGCGAAUUAUUCUCGCGCCAGUCCUUGCCUUUGCGGCGGUGGCUCUCGCGCGCGCCGUCCCCGAGCAUACUGCUUCCGAGCACAUUAUGCUCGAGCAGACCCGCGCUGAAGUUCCUGCUCCUGUCGCGGAGUACAGCACCAUCGCUUUCAAGGCAGCCAACGGCUCUGAUGUCGUGAUUCACGUCGCUCCUGGCGUGUUCAUGACUGACGACGUCUCGAAGCUCCCCGAUGAUAUUGGCAAGCAUUUCAAGAUCAAGACGGCGCCUAAGCUUAUGGAGCUUUGCACCGUCCGCGGCAGUCAGAAAGAUAAUGACAACAAAGGCACUCCUCGUCGCGAUGAUUGCCAGGCCCUCUACGAUUUCUCUCACAGCCACCCCGUCUUCUUCUACUUCGACAACAAGAUCGACCUCAACCGCUGGGCCGAGGUCGCCUUUGUAGGUUCCUGCGCCUACCGCACUCGCACCGUCCACAAGAACGUCGUCUUUACAAGCGGCGACAUGGCCAACUUCCUCGACAUAUCUCUGAGCCGCAAGGCCUGGACCGAUAAGGGCCGCAUGUCUGCUUCUGGUGAGGCUGAUUGCACUGUCUAUGAAGGCGAUUUGGGCUUUGCUCCUGUCUACUGGAGACUCCAACAGCGCGGCCCUCUCGAUGAACCGGCCUUCAUCUCGAACAACAACAGCACCACCCUCAACACUCGCGACUCCAAGCGUGAGGCGCCUCUUAUUGUCCAGUCUUUCGACGACAUCCCCAGAAACACCUUCGCCUUCCUUUCCGGUCGUGGGAAUGCCCACACUGUCACUACCACCGACAUCGAUAUCCCCUCCAAGAAGGACGACGAACCCCAAUUCGACUUGACACUCGGUGGUCCAAAGGAAGGUCCCUACUGCGAUGCCAUGUGGCUUUCCGCGGACUGGCAAGAGUCUGGUCGCCCCCUCAGAAGGGACUGUGGGAAGCUUCUCGACUUCCUCAAGUCCAACACAGCCAAGGUAGCAGUGUUUGGCGACCAAUACUACGAACUGGUCCCGAUCACCGCCCACGAUACUUGUGCCGUCGGCUUGCGUCCCCUGACCACCGAUAACAUCACGAUCACCGGCUUCGACAUCGCGAGCUUCCUUGAGCGUAUGCUUCUUUGGGACGGAGCUCAAUCCGGAUCUGACUACACCGUUGGUAAGAUGGGCGCUAUGUGUGGCUUUGCGAAAGAGACUCACUUGAAGCACAUGAGCGAGUUCCAGCUCAUCUACAGAGACGUCAAUGCUCCUAAGGGCCACAUCCCCAGGGGCUACGAGGAAGGCAAGCGGGACCUCAUCUCUGCCAUUGACGUCCCAGAGAUCGCGGAGAAAGGUGCAAUGAUGGUCAAGUCUGGCUCUCCCGAAGACAUGGCCGCCACAGCAGAAAUGGCCAUGAUCCUCAGCAACACGGAUGACUCGCUGAACUGGGUCGAUUAUACCGUCACCGACAGCAACGGCGUCAAUAUCACAGCCCAGCUCAACGAGAACCUCCUCGGCACUCACCUCGCUGACAGCAAGGCACUUGGCGCCAGACUGGAGAGACACGACACGCCCCUCGGCCCUUCCAAGCGAUGCAACGGGCAGAUCACGUUCUGGGGCGGCGCCAAGCCCGACUCGCCCCUCAUCGCCGACUGUGUGAAGCUCCGUAAUUUCAUGUCUAUCCGCCGCUUCCGCUUCCAAUUCAGCAGAGACGAGUUCCGAAGCAUCCAUGCCACCCUCCUUGCCCAAGUUGGCACCUGCCGUAUAGCUUGGUUGCCUUGGGGCCAGAAUACCACCGUCGGUAACAUGGACCUCGACAUACUCUUCACCAAGGCCUUCAAGCUGUACGACCCCAGCCAGACCAGAAUGCGUCUCUGGGGCGGAGAGGACUGCGACUUCUCUUGGCAGUUUGGCGAGAAGUCUAUGGCAAAAUUCUACAUCUUCUAA